AACCAUCGUAACCUCGCAACUGCCCAUUAUACCACCGCAAUAAUGGAGACGGAUGCGCUUCCUCUCGAGCGCGGCGGCGUGGAAAUGACGCCUCUGCUGCAGCCCGCGGCACCGCCUCCUGUCCACGCCGUCUCGCAGGAAAACCUCACGCCCACGCACCAGAAGCAGCAGCUCAUGCGACGCGUACGCAGCGUGCAAGACGCGGCCAAACACGGACUGCUACUGAGCUCUCAGACUCGCAGCACAAGCCGCCCUGGCCAAUACGGAGCCGUCAACGAUCCAUACAGCUCUCAGUUCACAUUCUCAGUGCGUGACAACUUCAAUUCCAGCGAUCCACUCGCCGUGCCUCAGCUAAACACGCGGAAAUUGAAGUCUCUGCUACUCGACGUUGUAGUGAACGGGACGUCAGGCGUGAUCGCCUUCUUACUAUCGUCUACUCUAGCCGUGUCUUGCGCCAGUGUUGUCGUGGGACACGGUACUCCACUGGCCUCGGUGAUCGCACACUUCAUCGACAUAAACCUACUGGGCACAGCAGUAUUGUCUGUGGUGCUAGCCUGGCAGAGUUGCGCGCCGUGGACAUUAGGCGCCAUCGAUGUGUUCGUGGCGCCAGUUAUGGCCGAAAUGGCCGAGAAGAUCUCGCAUCAUCUGCAUGGAAAUUUGGAAGAGGUGGUGCCCACUACAGUCGUGAUGGUGGCUAUCACAUCCAUGGUACUAGGCCUUGUCUUCUUCUUAAUGGGGUUGUUUCGCGUCACAUCCAUUGCAAAUUACAUGCCGUACCCGGUAAUUGCAGGCUUUUUAUCCGGAAUUGGAGCGCAAUUGAUGAAGAACGGAGUGCACAUGGCGUCCAGUAAAGCAGUGACCGCUGCAUUCUUCACGUGGAAAGUGCAGUUGCUACUACUGCCUGCAGUGGCUUUCGCUGGCUUGGCAAGACUUGGGCAGUACUUAAAGUUUCCAGUGGCUUUUUCGUUCCCUUGUUUACUAGCGUUAUCUCUUGUGGGAUUCCAAGUUGUUGCGUCCAUGUAUGGAUCUAGCAUGGAACAACUGAGUAAGGAAGGGUGGGUGUUCUCAUGGGACCCUGUCGUAGUGGCAGACACGCCCAUGUGGUUUCCGUGGGCUGAGAUCGACUUUAAGCACGUGCAUUGGCACACUCUUACGCACGAAUGCAUGGAGUUUAUGGUAUCUCUUAUCAUUCUCGGAGCACUGAAGUACAGUGUGGCUACGACGUCACUUUCAACGCUUUUUGGACGUGAAAUAUCGCCAGAUAACGAGAUGCGAGUGAUCGGUUUGGCCAAUCUAGCUAGCGGUUUAAUGGGGUGUUGUGGAGGCUGUCACUACCUGUCUGCGAUGGGUAUCAUGAAGCAGUUUGACGCCCACGAGAAGGUCCCAGCUUUGGUAUGCGCUUUCCUGGUUGUGGUUCUCUGGAUGGUUGGUAUCCGGAUGCUACAAUUCGUACCCAAAUUCAUCUUUGGCGGCUUGUUACUGAGUGUUGGACUGCACUUUCUAGAGGCCUAUUUGGUGACCCCUUUCCACUUUCUCAAGCCGAUUGAAAAGGCCACAGUCGUGCUCAUUACGUCGAGCUUUUUGAUUAUUGGUAUGCUGGAGAGUGUGGCGCUGGGUAUCAUUAUCUCCAUGAUCGAACUCAUAUGGCGUAUCCACGCUGUGGGUUGUGUACACCACGAGACAACGGGUGCGCUAACUCGCAGUGCGGUGGACCGCACUCCGGAACAAACGGCGUAUUUGGACUCCGAAGGAAGCGCAAUUUUUGUAUUGCGCCUUCAAGGAUAUCUGUUUUUUGGAACGUCUGUGAAUAUCUUAGAACGGAUUGAAACUCGCGUGCAUUCUCUGGAUUUCCCCAAGCUCAAGUUCGUGAUUAUUGACUUCGGACUUGUGCCGAGCUUUGAUGCUACGGCGUUGCUCAACUUUCGCAAGACUUCAGCACUUGCAGACAUGUACAUGUUCGAUAUAUAUUUCUGUGGACUAAAACCCGAGAUCGAGCUCGCACUUCGACAGAACCACUACUCGCAACGUGUUCAUUUACUUAGUAGCGACGUGGAUAUCGCACUCGAAAUCUGCGAGAAUGAGCUGCUUCCUGACGAUAUAGUGUUAACGCCUCAAACUCCGAGACCUGGGAAGUCAUUGAAUGAGUGGAAACGAAUGAGUCAGUUGGAGCUGUGGGAACAUUUCAUGACUGCAUCGCCGGAACAUGACGGCACUGCAAGCUACCAGAAACUGCUUCCUCUUGCGGCGUAUCUGGAUAUUGUCGUGGUGCCAAAUGGGUCCCAACUUGUUCCCGAACGUCUGCGUGAUGACACGUAUUUUAUCUGCUUUGGGUACAUGAAUUUCGUGACGGAUUCCGAAUUUUCGAAUGCUCAUAACAUUCCUGGUAUCCGGUACUCCGACAUUGAUGGCGGUGCGGGCUAUCACGAUGUUAAUGAGAAUGAUGAGGGCGAUACAAAUGAAAUGAACGGGGUCUUUAAUCGACGUAAAUUAUCAUUCGUGGUGCCGGAAGAAUCCCAGUGGACACCGUUCACCACGUCCAAGUCGCGGUUGCUGAAGAUCGGACCAGGUUCCGUCAUCACGCCCAAUGUUGCGGGUAUGGAUCCUGAUUACAAAUACUUUGCUACAUCGGACUGCGUCAUGCUGCGUUUAAGGGCAGUAGCAAUGGAGACUUUGGAGACGCGUGCACCACACACGGCAGUUGCAGUGCUCAAGCUCAUCAAUGUGCGCUUGGCAUCACGCUUCCGCCACUCCAGCAAACGCGUCUCACAAAUGUCUUCGCUGCUGUACAAGUAGACACAAAGAUUCUAUUAGAUAUUCGUGAAACUAAUAAUUCAAAACCUCCGGUCCAUGUGUAU